UUACUGAAGCCGAUCCAUGAACAGGCCGGUGCUGUGUUGUGCGAAACGUGCCAUCGUUGGUUUGCUAGCCGAGGUGGAUUUGCUGUGCACAGCUGCUCUCCCAGUCUUGGUGACGCUCCAGUUCCAGAGAUUGUUGCACCUCGCCCACCUGAUUGCAGCCAAUGUCAUUAUCACUGCCACACCUGUGACCGCUGUUUCCGGAGCAAAGCUGGGCACCACCGGCACAACUGCAACCGCAGAACAUGCAGCUCUGGCUCCGAGCGCCGCACCAUCCCAUGCCCGACCUGCUCUCGGAAGUUCACACGUCUCCAGUACCUGGCUCAACACAAAUGCAAGAAGUAACUCUGCCCUCCUUGCCUCUUUGAGGCACUGCAUCACCUUUAGGUGGCAGUUUCAAGGUUUCAAGGGUCGCUUGCUAUUCCAGGCCUGCUAUUAUGGCUGCCUGGAGUGUGCCUGCAUCCUUGCAGACUGUUGCGGAGAAACAGUCAUCAACCAGUUGUACCUCCUGAGUGAACGGUGGACUUAUACUUACACUCCACUACAUAUAGCAUGUAGGGGGGGUUACGUCGAUAUUGCCAAGCACCUUGUCAAGUGUAAAGCCAAAGUGGACAAGACUGCUUCGGACGGUGACCUUCCUGUUCAUCUUGCUGCUUUAUCUGGAUAUCUGAAAGUCGUCAAGUAUCUACUAGACAUCCAACCCGACAUGGUCUCUGUGAAGAACAGGGACGGUUACCUUCCUGUUCAUCGUGCUGCCUUCUAUGGACGUCUGGAAGUCAUCAAGUAUCUACUAGAUCUCCAACCAGACACGAUCUCUGUAAAGAACAAGGAUGGGAGAACUCCUCUUGGUGAAGCAGUGUACAGGAACGAAGCAGGUUGUGUACCAUACUUGCUGGAAGUCACCUGGACCAAGCUUGCAUAUGAUGAGGCCAAGGAGAUUGUGGAGAAAGCCAGAAGGAUAGCUCAAACCGGCGGAGAAACGCAAGAAUUGGACUUGUUUAACCCUUUACCGGUCUACCAUAAGCGAAUCGAUACUAUAGUAUCGGUACGUUUGGCCCUCAUUUUUUUGGGGUCUUGUUGCUAGGAGA